AUGGUUGUUAAAAUAAAUAGUAAUCAGAAAAACUAUGUUUUCAAAAGAAAGGCUGGAAGAAGUUUAAUUGAACACCGUCCCAUUUUUUCGCCAAAUGAAGAGUCCCUGGUGGUUAUAGUUGAAAAUGUUUUACGUGUAUAUAAUGUGAAAACGGGUGAUUGCACACGAUCUUUAGAAACUGAAACUCCAGUGAACGCUCUAGUCGGCAUAGAAUUUCCAAAGAAACAAGACUACAAUUUAUAUGGGUGUUCAGACCUGGGGCUUGUAAUAACAUGGACCUGGGAAAAUGGAGCAGUUCUCCGAGAAGUUCAAUUGAACCUUCCAGUACACGCAAACAUAAUUUACUCCUUCAACCUUAUAGAUGAAAACGAAUGUUUUGUCAUAUCUGGGAAUCCUUCAAGAAAGAUUUUUAACCUUGGAUCAUAUUCUUUAAGAAAAGGAGAUUUGGUGACAAACUAUUCUGGCUUGGUGAUUCCUCAAAAUGAUAUAAUUUCAGUUGCGAUUGGUUCUAUAAGGGAAGAGAAAUUUGCAGCAAUUGCUAAUGGACAAUGCAAAGUUUAUUUUCAAAACCUUGUACAACCAGAAAUGUACAUUCAAAAGCAGUCUAGAUUUAGAGUACUGUCUGUAGCAGCUAACCAACAUGGUAUGGUGGCAUAUACUGAUGCUUUGGGAAGAGUGAUGGUCUUGAGAGGAAACUUGUUCGUCCCUAACAAAACAGCACAAGAAACCUUACAUUGGCAUUCGUUACCUCUAUUCGCUGUUUCUUUUACUUCAAUAGGUAAUUAUCUUAUUACUGGAGGAAUGGAAAAGGUAUUAGUCAAGUGGUCCUUUAGUGAACUAGCCCAGAAAGUUGAUGAGAAGAAAUUUAUACCUCGCUUACCAGGCCUCGUAAGGUUUAUAACAACGAGUAAUAGUUAUAUUGCUGUGUCCCUGUCUAAUAAUUCUAUUGUGAUUGCAAAUCAGCAAAUGUAUGUGAGUAAUACAAUACUGGAAUGUGGUGGUCUAUCAUCAGUAACCCGCUCACUUGGCUCUAAACUUGUGUACAUGAAACCCCUGGAUUCUCUCAUAAUACCAGGACGAACAGGGUUUCUCCAAUUAUAUUCAACGGCGACAGAUAAAGUUUUGUAUAAUAUUGAUAUAACUGAAACUAAUAGCAUCCCAGCUGAAAGAUACAACAUAACACCAAUAGAGACAGAAGUUACGACUGCCGCGGUUAGUGCAAAUGGUCAAUGGCUUGUCACCUCAGAAUACCGAAAUGAUGGCACCAAUUACCCAGAAGAAAAGCUAAAAUUCUGGUCUGCUUGUAAAAACAAUGCGUGUCCCUUCAUACUAAACACCUGUGUUAAUCUUUCUCAUGGCGGAUGUGAUGUUGUAUCUAUCGCCUUAAGUAAUAACGGUGACUUUUGCGUCACAUCCGGCAACGAUCAGAAAUUUCGAAUUUGGAAAGUCAGUGUUAUAAACAAGAAAAAACAGUGGUCCUGCCUCACUGCCUGUUACUACUCCUCUGGUGUUUCUCAUUAUCAAUCGAUUCCAGUGCUAAACGAAUACAAACACAGCAACAUAUUGGGCUUAGUCUCUCAAGGGGAGAGGCCAUAUUUGACGAUGGACUUGUUUGGCAAGGAUGAAAUAAGAAAAGUUUUGAACGUUCACAAGGCAACAACUGUACUGGAUGAACGGAUAGCUGAAAAGACAGUAUCGAAAGGUGAUUUAGCGAUGGGAGGGGUGGCCAUUUCUCAGGAUGGAUCAUUAAUAGCAGCGUGGUUUGGGCCAAAAUUGACGCUUUGGGAUUCACAUUUAUGUAAUUUGAGGACGACCUUGUCUCACGUUGCAUUAAGGCCUAAAGGGGUUCAUGUACAUUUUGGGAACCACGAUGCAGCGCAUUACUUAGUAUGUACGACGGAGGAGUGCUUAGCUGUAUGGAGUUUGCUAUCGCUCACAGUAACUUAUAUAGUACGAAAUAAUCCAGUCUGCCUCGCUGCUGAUCCUUUCUCCAAUAGAAUGGUAGUUGUCACAAGAGAUAAUGAUGUACACGUAUUCACUCCACACAACUCCUCUCCGAUUUUAUCGCAGAAUCGGGUUCUUGAACCUAGUGCUGGUGUAAUCACUCACUGCACCUUCGGGAAGACCACUGAAGACGAUGCGAAGAUCUACUUUAUGAGGAAUUAUUCGGAAAUAUAUUGCUUGGAACCAGAAAAAUCAACAGAAUCCCAACUAGAAGUGAUAUCACAUAGAAAUGUGCCGAAGUCAAAAUUCGGCCAACUACUUGCUGAACAGCAAGUGUCUGAAGUCACCUCAACUAGAGCUGAAGAAAUACAGCAGCUUAAUGUGGAAAGUCUUGCCAGUAGUGCUGUAUCUCAGUUCCUAUCGGCCGCACCCCACAUGAUUCCACCAGUGCGAAUGCUAAGCACUUCCUUCCUCCAACUUAUAUCAGGGUAUACGGAAAAUGAAGAAGUGGAACCAACAGAGGCACCCAUGGAGGUGGACACCAGUGACGAUGAAGAAGCACCUAAAGUUCAGCUUCCGAAGCCUGAACAGCUGUGCAAAGCGGACUAUGAUUCCAUUAAAAAUAAAAAAUUAAAGAAGAUUUUAGACCAAAAUCUUUUGGACUCUGAAACGACAAUGGAAGUUUUUAGUUUGUGA